AGACAUCCUCCCUGCAUCCUUGAAGAUUACUCAAAGCGCGUUGGGCUCUCUGCCAAAAUAGCACGGAACUGGUUCUUUCCAGUUCGUUAGGGUGCUCCAGUGCACGAAUAUGGUGCUUACUGGCAAUUGUCCUUCAAAGACUCUGCCCGUGCUAGGGUAGCUCCGUGCCUAGAGAGCGCCAGGGGCCAGUAUUUAUAGCUGCUUGGUGGCUCUCUUCCCGUCUAUUUAUGGCGCCGAGGUUGGGAGCAUUACUAACGGCGCCAUCAUCACGGCCCUGGACUCGCACAAUGCCACAAGCACAGGCACCAAGAGGCCGUUCUCGUGCUAGCAGCAGCUCUCGGGUCUCACCAGGCCCCAAGUCCCAAGCCCGAGUCCCCCAGAUGCCCCCCAGCCACCCGUUACGCGGGCUUGUGCUGGAGCACGCGCAAAUCCUGUGCGCCCCAGGCAUGGGUCCGGCCCAGGUGCGCUUUUUUAAGCAUCCAUCACCAUCUGGAGCUGAGCCAGUGGCAUUGGCCGCACCGCGCUGGAUCGUCUCUGAAUCUCGCACUGCCCGCUCCACUCCACCCUCCCUGCCACAGCAGCUCUGGUUACUGCGCCACCCAUUCGCCGCAUGUCACACAGCCCACUAAAAAAACAUGUAAGCAACCCGACGCUGCGUCAAGCCCGCUCCAUGCUUUUAAAACCACCUGGUGCCCAACUCGUAUAUCAUGAUCCGUUCUUGCUGCUUAUUCCCAUCUCACUCUCCAUCGUUUCAUUCCAUCUUGUUUGUGCGAGCGCA